GAAGCCGUGGAGACCCAGCCCGAUCCGGCCGCCAGCGAGAUCCCGACCGUCCGAAAGCCGGGCAAGGAGACCGCCUGGCUGGGGCCCAAAGAGAGCGCCGUGCGCCAGCACAGGCAGGAGAUGAAGACCAAGAUGAAGUGCAACAAGGUGGAGGAGUUGAAACCCACUCGACCCAAACAGACUCAGUGUCAGCAGGAGCUGGACCAGGUCCUAGAGCGGAUAUCCAAGAUGCCCUUCAGAGAUAACCGAGGUCCCCUGGAAGACCUGUACGCGCUGCACAUCCCAAACUGCGACAAGAGAGGGCAGUAUAACCUCAAACAGUGCAAGAUGUCUCUUCACGGCCAGAGGGGCGAAUGCUGGUGUGUCAACCCCCACACCGGCCGGCCCAUCCCAUCGGCGCCCACCGUGAGGGGCGACCCCAACUGUGGCCAGUACCACCGGGAGCAAGAGCUGGAGCUCCCCGACACCACCCAGAUCUAG